AUGGACAACAACAAACGCAUACUGAGAUCCUCAGUUCUGAAUACAAACCCGACAAGCCCACUUCCAUCCAAACCGAUCGCGAAUUUGGAACAACCAGUGAAAUUCAUUUCUAUCAAAACCUCGCAUACCACUCCAAGAAUAAACGAAAAGAUUCAACUCACACCACGAUCUUCCACCCUACGAGGUCUGAACCAAACCGAACUCACACUUCUCCGCAAGAAACAAUCGCGACUUAAAGCGACCGCAUUAUCCACACUCAAAGAUUUACCAUCCGGAAUCCACGUUCGCAAUUUAUUAACAUCAACUCUGAUCUUUGCGCAAUAUGAAGCUGGGACAGCAGUUUGUAUUGAUCCUGCAGGAUGGAUAAUUACAUGUUCUCAUUGCAUUGGCGAGACGGAAGAAGAAUGGAAAGCUAAACCACGACAAUGGCUUUUAUAUUAUACUGGUCUUGCAAUUGAAGUCGAAUGUCGUGUUUGGGAUCGAAAACGUGAUUUGGCGGUGUUGAAAGUUGUGACAGUAGAAAUUGGUGAUGAUGUGAUUGGAGAUAGUAUCCCAGAAUUCUCAUUCGUGAAAUUGGGAGUGCAACUUCCGGAAUACGGGAUGUUGAUUAUAUGUAUUGGACAACCGGGAAGUGAUGAUUUGGAAUCUUCAGACAAUCGGAAGACGAAGUAUAAUCUUGUUGAAGUAUCGAAGGGAUCUUUUUGUGGAAUGAUACAGGGACAGGAUCCGCAUGAGAAUUCGGAGAUUGGAAGCCUGAAACAUGAUGCGUGGACUUACUGGGGUCAUUCGGGAGCGCCGUUGGUAAGAGCUGAUGAUGGUUUGUUGAUUGGAUUGCAUUCUUCGUGGGAUGAGAAUACGGCGAUGAGACAUGGUGUUCCGUUGGUGGCGAUGAGGGGGUUCUUGGAAGAAUGUUUACCGAGUGCGAGGGGUCUUGGAGGGGUUGAGUUUUGA